AUGGUUCUCAAGCGUCGCCGGAGCGAGCGUGCCCACGCCGAUCGCCUCUACAGAUGCGACAGCUCGAAGCGCAUCGCCCGCAACAAAUCGGCGGCGCUGGAGACCAUCAACGGGUUCUACGCGGCGGCGCUGGACAGGCUGCCGCUGGACGAGAUGCCGGCGCUGGCCCCGCGCCUCCUCAAGGCUGGUCUCUGCGUCGGCUUCGCCGACCCCGUCUCCAACAUCAUCGUCAACACCGUCUCCUCCUACGGCCGCCGCAAGCCCGCGGUCGCGGCGCCGUCGUCCACGCCCGACGACGGCGAGAAGGAGAAGAAGAAGGCGAGAAAGCGGCGACGGGAGGCGCUCUCCCGGGCGGUCUCCGGCACCGGGAAGGCCAAGCGCUGGCCGCCGCCCCGCCGCCUCCUCCGCGACAUGCCCAUCGCCGAGCGGUCGCUCAGGGCGCUCGUCGCGUUCCUCACCUGCUACUUCCCCCGCCUCCCCGCCUGCGAGGCGCUCGAGUAUCUCUGCCUGGCCAACGCCGACCUUCUCUCUGCCGUGCGGCUCGUCGAGGAGGACCGCAACUCCAGCGGCAGCUUCAGCUUCGCGUCCCGGACCACCAAGACGGCCCUCAAAUGCGCCGCCUUGGCUGCCUGCCACCCCAUGCCCAGGGCCCUCGUCAACAGGUCCUACUCGCUCGCCUCUCGGAUGGAGCAACUGUCCCAGCUCCUGGCGACCGAAGGCGGCUGCCUCUCCUGCAACGCCAUUGACAGCAUCCACGCAUUGCUGAACAAGCCCCGGCAGAAGCUUGAAGACCUCGCCGGAGUAACACCGACACAGUUCCAUCUGGAGCUGAACAGGCCGCCGCCGUUCGUUCCUACAAAAGCUCUGCGGAGCACCCUGCUCCGCAAGAUCUACGGAUUCUACCUCAAGGCACUCGCGUUGCUGCCGACGGACGGCCUGCGCACGCACCACCACCGGGGCCUCCUCAAGGCUGGCCACUGCUACGGGCCAUUGACGGAUCCCGUCUCCAACAUUGUGCUCAACACUCUCUGGUACAGCACGACGUUCCCGCCGGCAGGAGGGCCCUCUCAGGCCACCAUGAUCUGCUCACGCAGCCUUGUUCUUGUCGCAUACCGCUCCCUUCGUGGCCUUGUUGCUUACAUCCGCGCUUACUUUCGCACGAUGUCUGAACACCAAGCCAUGCAUUGUCUGCUCUUCACAGAGGUCAAUCUCUGGGGAGCAAUGGAAAUGGCAAGGCAACAGGGACACACCGAGGGAACUAUGUUGAGUCAGUACAGCGCCUACAAGGCUGCAGCCACCGCAGCGCAGCACCCAGAACCUGAUGCCGUUGCAGAGUUUUUCAUGUCAUCCUUUCCCAUGAUGCCUCUACCCAUGGAGGAUGGAGAGACAUUCGUAUUGGAUGUGGAUCGCAUCCAGCAGCUGCUGUCUGAAUACUGUACCGCUCUCGAUGAUUCAGUCCGGAGUACAGUUCCUGUGCUUUCAGAGGGGGGAUCCAAGUUCCUCUCGUGCAUUCUGAGAGAUUUCCACGAAGAGGAACGCUUUGUCUGUACGAAGGUCAAUGCCAUGCUGAAGAAAUACACGCAGCGAACUGGGGGACCUGAAUAUGAGCUUCAUGUCAUCUGUGGCUUGAACUCAAACGUAGGCAAAGCUUUUGUUUGGGGCCUCCAUUACGGCCCCUUGCUUUCUUGGCGCCCAAAGAAAACUCAGCAUUCUCACAUCAACUUCUUGGCAAGGCCGAGAGAUUUGCAUUCUUCUGACACGGUUCCUAUACUUUUCUUUGCUGAGUGCUCCAAUGAUGAAGAUGCCGUUGAUGAGCCGUCAUGUUGGCCGGUCACAGGACAUCCUGGCCGUUGUUAUUACUGUGAGAGAGAAGGUGCAAAGAUUGUACAUCCAGAUCUAGAGAAGUAUAUUGGGCGUGACACCGACUUUGAGCGUAUGGCUCGCGGUGACCGCAGUAGCACGACCACUGAAGAUUCUAUCAGUGAUGGCGAGUUUAUAAUUGAUUCUGCUGUAGACAUAUGUGAGGAGGAUUGCAUCUAUUUUGAUGCCGGUAGGGACGCCAAGUUUGCAGAGUUCUUGAAUUCCCGUGGUAGGACUAUGCAGGGUCCCAGACUCAUUUAG